AGAUAGUUUCAUGCAUUUAGAUACACCCUUCCAACUUUCCUCACCAAUAUUAUGCUUUAACUGUUUGGCUUGGUGCCACUACAGUGUAUUCCAAUCAACUACCACUCUACUGCCUUAACUGGAAUCCUGCCCACACCGAAGAGCUCCAAAGGCCUUACUUUAAACAUUGUAGCAUUUUUACCUCAGGCUUGUUUGUCGUACAAACUAUAUACAAUACAGCAGCUGAGGGAUCUGGCAUACAAACAUUAACAGAUUCAGCUGCAGCCCCCCCCAUACAAAGGGGCCUCCUUCACCCCAGAGGGUGCACUCUCCUCUGGAUAGGUCAUGUCACCUUUUUGAAGAGAUUACAGAUGCUGAUGGGCUUACCUCCACCUCCACUGAGCCUACCACCCUUCCCCUGGACCUAUCUUUACCUGCCACUACUACAAGACACUAACCUGCAGCCCAGAGAGGAGAUAACUGCUUUGCAGCAAGAGUCCAUACAUAAUAGCGAACAGCCAUUCCAUAAUAAAAGCGUUACUGUACAGCACGACUUCUCUACUAAUUCUAGAUAACCCAUGUCUACUGCAGAGAGGACUCGAAACUUAGCAUGAAAAUCUGAUUAUAACAGCUAAAGCAUAAUAUGAAGAGAACACGUUUCAGAUAUUUCUCCCUUUAAAGCAACCUGAGGUCUAGACUAUUUUCAGAGCAGAAUGACUCAGUGGUAUCAGCUGCAGCAACUUGAUUCCAAGUUUUUGGAACAAGUUCACCAGCUGUAUGAUGACAGCUUUCCUAUGGAAAUCAGACAGUAUCUGGCACAGUGGCUGGAAAACCAAGACUGGGAACAUGCAGCCAACAACGUAUCUUUUGCCACAGUGCUGUUCCAUGACCUGCUAUCACAGCUUGAUGAUCAGUUUAGUCGAUUUUUGAUAGAAAACAACUUUUUACUGCAACAUAACAUAAGGAAAAGCAAACGGAAUCUUCAGGAUCACUUCCAAGAAGACCCAAUUCAUAUGGCAAUGGUCAUCUACAACUGUCUAAAGGAGGAGAGGAAAAUACUGAGCAGUGCCCAGUUGUCAAAUCAGAUGGAAGUGGGAAGCAUACAGAACACCGUGAUUGGGAUGCUGGACAAACAGAAGGAGCUUGAUGCGAAAGUUAAGGCUGUGAAGAACAGUGUUAUUGAUGUGGAGCAAGACAUCAAGACAUUAGAGGAUGUGCAAGAUGAAUAUGACUUUAAAUGUAAAACCUUGCAGAACAGAGAACAUGAACCCAAUGGUGUAUCACAGGAGGAAUAUAAGAAAGAACAGCUGAAUCUUAAGAAGAUGUUUUUAUUACUUGACAUCAAGAGAAAGGAAGUGGUGAACAAAAUAAUACAGCUCUUGAACACCACAGAGCAUACUCAGAGUGCUCUUAUUAAUGAGGAGCUGGUAGAAUGGAAACACAGGCAACAGACUGCAUGUAUCGGUGGCCCACCCAACGCCUGUCUUGACCAGCUACAGAGCUGGUUCACUGUUGUUGCUGAAAGUCUACAGCAAGUUCGUCAACAGCUCAAAAAGCUUGAGGAAUUGGAACAGAAACUUACCUACGAUCCUGAUCCCAUCACAAAAAACAAACAAGUUCUACAGGACCGAACGUACAGUCUUUUCAAACAACUGAUCCAGAGCUCCUUUGUGGUGGAGAGGCAGCCUUGCAUGCCAACACAUCCUCAGAGGCCACUAGUCCUGAAGACUGGAGUACAGUUUACUGUAAAGUUGAGAUUGCUGGUGAAGUUGCAGGAGUUGAACUACAACCUGAAAGUGAAAGUAUUGUUUGAUAAAGAUGUAAGUGAGAAGAACUCAGUCAAAGGGUUCAGGAAAUUUAAUAUUUUGGGAACAAACACAAAAGUAAUGAACAUGGAAGAAUCUACUAAUGGAAGUCUAGCAGCAGAAUUCAGACACCUGCAAUUGAAAGAACAGAAGAAUGCAGGAAGCAGAACAAAUGAGGGUCCUCUCAUUGUAACAGAGGAACUUCACUCAUUGAGCUUUGAGACACAGCUGUGCCAGCCUGGCUUGGUAAUAGAUCUAGAGACCACAUCCCUUCCCAUUAUUGUGAUCUCAAAUGUAAGCCAGCUUCCAAGUGGAUGGGCCUCUAUCUUAUGGUUCAACAUGCUCUCUACUGAUCCCAAGAACUUGUCCUUCUUUCUGAAUCCACCUUAUGCAAAGUGGUCUAAACUUUCUGAAGUUUUGAGUUGGCAGUUUUCUUCUGUAACAAAGAGGGGACUUAAUGCAGAUCAACUGAGCAUGCUGGGAGAGAAGCUACUUGGGCCAACAGGUGGAGGAUCUCAUGAUGGCCUUAUUCCUUGGACAAGAUUCUGCAAGGAAAAUAUAAGUGAUAAGAAUUUCCCCUUUUGGCUGUGGAUUGAAGGAAUCUUGGAGCUUAUUAAGAAGCAUCUCCUGUGUCUCUGGAAUGAUGGCUGCAUCAUGGGUUUUAUCAGUAAAGAGAAAGAACGUGCUUUGUUAAAGGACCAGAGUCCAGGAACAUUUUUGCUAAGAUUCAGUGAAAGCAGCAGAGAGGGAGCCAUCACAUUUACUUGGGUAGAAGGAUCUCAAAACGAGCCCCAGUUUCACUCAGUGGAACCGUACACCAAGAAGGAGCUCUCUGCUGUUACUUUCCCUGAUAUCAUUCGUAACUAUAAAGUGAUGGCAGCUGAGAACAUUCCUGAAAAUCCACUGAGAUUUCUAUACCCAGAUAUACCCAAAGACAAUGCCUUUGGCAAAUACUACUCCAGACCUAAGGAAGCCCCAGAGCCUAUGGAUUUGGAUAGUCCCAAGGGAAAUGGCUACAUCAAGACUGAAUUAAUCUCUGUAUCUGAAGUUCACCCUUCAAGGCUCCAGUCUCCAGAAAAUCUCCUCCCCAUGUCUCCUGAGGAGUUUGAUGAGGUAUCUCGAAUGGUGGGCCCAGCAGAGAUUGAUACUGUGAUGUGUUCAGCAUAUUCAACUUAAAUGUUGAAUGCCUCUACUGCAUCAUUAGCACAGCCGAGUAGCUUACGCCUCUGUCAUCUUGUUCCACAGUCAGCAGCUUAGCAACAAGCUUCAUUGCAGUUCUUCAGGAAGGUUCUGGCUAUUUCAUGGCACAUCAGUUUCUCAAUGUGAACAUCCAAUAGCCACUUUAAAUCGGUUAACUGAGAUAUUUAACUGGUAAGAACGUAAACAGCAGUCUGAGUAGCCUUCUUAUGUGCACUUUUCCUUUCUUGUUUGCGAGUUCUUGGUUAAAGAAUUUUCCAUGAACAAGAUGCCGUGCCAGAGUGCUGGAAGAGAGGGAGAAUACUUAUCUUUUUGCUAAAGAACAUUGGACUGAAACUGUUUAGAGUUAUUCAUUUAGCAUAACUCACUUAGCAUUAGUAGUUAGAUUUGCUGAAGCCUUAGGCCACAAGCUGUGAACUUUUCACCUUUACUUAACUUUAGUUAAGUAAAGGGGGGUCAGAGCUGAGUUGAGCUGGAAAAAUAAGGACAUCAGGACCAACGACAAGCUGCAACUGCAGCGAUAAGAGGAGAACUAGCCUGCCUAGAGGCAAUGAGGGACCUAAUGAAAUACAGGAAGACCCCCCAGACCUAGAUUUUACAGUUGGUCUGAACCACUGCAUGAGGGACAGGGAACUUCAAUUUUAAGUAUACGAUUGCCCAGGAAUUUUUUUGUUCGGGGUCCUCUUCGGAGGCACUCAGCUUGAGCUUAAUUACUGCAUGUGUGCCAUUAAACCUUACUUUGCUUUAAUUCGGAUUCAAACUUCUGUCUCAGUGGGGACCUAAGUUCAGACCCUGUUAUGGUGGCCAGACUGCUAGUUAGCACACAGCUGAUCGGGGGGCUGCAGCUGCUGCUGGAUCCCAUGCCUCGGGUACAGGUACCUCUGCUGCUCCUGAACCUACUGCUGGCCAUUCCCACUGCCUUGGAGGACAGCAUUGGCACGUGUGACUUACGGGGCUUGCAGAGGUAACCACUGAUAUGCUGAAUCAGUUAAUUGCUUCUUAGAAAAUAAAUUACUGGCUGAAUUUGGGGUAUUGUGCCCAGGAAGACUGAUGUGUUUUCCCUGCAAAAGCUGGAAAGGAAGGAAAUUCCUGAUCGAUCUAGAUUAUACGAAGUACAUACUUAAAUGGAAAGUAUCACCAAGUUGUCUUAUUUUCAAUACCCUAGGUUACUGAGGUUAAUAAUAGUACAGAAUAUCACAGCAAGGACCUGGCACUUUAGUUCUAUUAAAUAGCUGAAGGUGUAUCUCAGGAUUUUAAUAUGAGAUCAAAUGCUUGUUCUUUGAGCUGCAGCUUGUACUCAUGUCCAAUAUGCAAAUUCUUGUUUUCAGUACUUUUAUGUUUUAUCUAAUGGGUGAAACUUUCUUGUGAGCAAUGGCCCUAUCUAUGGUUUUGUUUUUAAAACGGACAAUAGCUCUAAAAGCAAUGUUUUUUUCCAGUGGAAUAUUAAUUCUUUUGCCAUUUAAAAUAAAUGGAAGCGUCUAUUGGCA